UUGUGUGGAACUGAUGAGGGCAACAAGCUAGACUAAGAUUUCGCCAUGAGCAAGGUUAGGCUAACCGUUCCACCACGGUUCAUUAUCGUUCUAGUAGUUCUUUGUUUAUGCUGUGUGCCUUGCCGUGCUAAGGAUCAUCGACGCUACUGUCAGCCCUCGUCCUGCGGCAACAUCCGUAAUAUAAGUCACCCCUUCCGACUCAUUGAUGAUCCAAAGGAGUGCGGCGACCUAAGGUAUAACCUGUCUUGUGAGAACAAUCUCACUGUUCUGCACUUGUAUUCCGGCAAAUACUUUGUACUUGCCAUCAAUUAUGAAAACGCCACAAUCCAAGUUGCGGAUGCCAAUGUUCAUAAGGGGAACUGCUCUUCAAUCCCUCCUUAUUCGUUGUCCAGAUAUAACUUCAGUUAUGAUGAUCCAUACAGCACUUAUACAUUGAAAGGUGCCAAUUGGUUUAACACGUAUCGGUUUGAACUGUCAAAGCCUAUAAUUUUCAUGACGUGCGAAACUCGGCUGGAGAAUAUUUCAUCGCUGUAUGUGGAUACUUCUCCUUGCAUUAAUGCAUUGAGUGGCCAUUCUUUCGUUGUCACUGAAAGCAUAAAUGCAUCGGAUUUGUUAGAUUCAUGCCCAAUAGAGCUGAUGGUUUUGUCAUCAUGGAAUGGUACAAAGGACGUGAACAGGUCCUACAUAGACAUCCACAACCAGCUGCUCUACGGCUUUGAACUUUCAUGGAAGGAAGGAUACAGGAGGAGAUCAAAUUCAUAUUGCUACAUCGACGCUGAUACCAACGAAAUUCAUUGUUACUCAACUUCUGUAACGAAUCUAUUUGUGUCAGGUGCAAUCAUAAUUGCAGUGAUAUUGUGGACUGGGACAAAAGUUGUACUCGGAGUUCCCUGUGUGAUUGUGCUUUUAAUCUUCAAGUUGAAAAGACGUCAUUUAUCAAUGUACUCUGUUAUUGAAGAAUUUCUACAGUCUCACAACAACCUCAUGCCAAUAAGGUACUCCUACUCCAAUAUCAAGAAAAUGACCAGAGGAUUCAAGGAUAAAUUAGGAGAAGGAGGUUAUGGCUCUGUGUAUAAAGGAAAGCUCCGGAGCGGUCGGUUUGUUGCUAUAAAGAUGUUGGGGAAGUCCAAAGCUAAUGGACAGGAUUUUAUGAAUGAAGUUGCUACCAUUGGAAGAAUUCAUCAUGUCAAUGUGGUCCAACUAAUUGGCUACUGUGCUGAGGGAUCAAAGCGUGCUCUUAUAUACGAGUACAUGCCAAACGGGUCUCUUGACAAGCACAUAUUUCCUAAAGAAGGUAUCAUUUCCUUAAGUUGCAAGGAAGCUUUUGAGAUUUCACUAGGAGUGGCCCGUGGAAUUGAUUAUUUGCAUCAGGGAUGUGACAUCAAGAUAUUGCAUUUUGAUAUCAAGCCACACAACAUUCUUCUAGACGAGAAUUUUGUUCCCAAGAUUUCAGACUUCGGUCUGGCAAGACUGUGCCCAUUAGAUGAUAGCAGUUUGAUUCUGACUGCAGCUAGAGGAACGAUUGGAUACAUAGCUCCGGAAUUGUUUUACAAGAAUAUUGGAGGUGUGUCAAACAAAGCUGACAUGUAUAGUUUUGGAAUGCUGCUGAUGGAAAUAGCAGGAAGGAGAAAGAACUUGAAUGCUGUCGCGGCCCAUUCUAGCCAGAUAUACUUCCCUUCAUGGGUUUAUGACCAGUUCAGUGAAGGAAAUGAGAUAGAGAUUGAAGAUGCAACCGGCGAGGAAAAAACAAUAACAAAGAAGAUGCUCAUGGUAGCAUUGUGGUGUAUACAGAUGAAGCCUAGUGACCGUCCUAAUUCGAUGAACAACGUAGUAAAGAUGCUGGAAGGAGAAGUUGAAUUAAUUCAAAUGCCUCCAAAGCCUUUCCUUUAUCCCCAAGACAUGCCAGUUGUUGCUGAUGAAAGUAGUUUGGAAAAAACUUCGUCAUCGUCAAUGCCAUUUGGAAAAUGAAGCUCUAAGCUCGACAAAAUUGAGUUGAUAUUUGUAUCCACAAUGGAUCUGGAGUUGAUACAAGAGUUGUAUAGCAAAUUCAUGUAGUUAAUAAGUGUCCUUCCAAUAGUCCACAUAUACAACCCUUGUACUAGUCAAGUUCAUAUGUAUGUUGAUUGGAGUUGUUAAAUUCUAAUAUAUUUUUAGUUAAGGUAUAUGAUAUGAGCUCCCAGGUUUACGGCAAA